UCACGUGAUAUUACUAUAAUCAUCCAUGCUGAGAUUAUUUUUCCUUUAACUGCAUUCAAGGUAUUUAAGCAGCUUGAUUUGCCUCCUGAGACACACAUAUCGCUUUAUGAUGAUAAAGGGGAUAUUGCUAGGGCAAGACGGCCUUGGGAGAUUGUACCUAUUGGUCACAAGAUUGGGAAACCAGAGCCGUUGUUCAAGGAAUUGAAAGAUGAAGAAGUGGAAUCCUUGAGGAAGAAGUUUGCUGGAAGUCAAGCGGAUAGGAAGGAGAGGGAAGAAGCUGAAGCAGUAAAGGUGGCUGCACAACUCAAGAAAAUGAAAGUUUCAGACAACAGUGGAAAGAAAAAGCAACAGGCCGCAAAAUCUGCAGCUGAAGCAGAGAUUUCCAUUUCUAGACUUGAUAUUUGUGUUGGCCUCAUUACUAAAGCUCAGAAGCAUCCUGAUGCUGAUUCGCUUUAUGUAGAAGAGAUUGAUGUUGGUGAAGGACAGACUAGAACAGUUGUGAGUGGCCUUGUCAAGUAUAUACCUAUUGAAGAAAUGCAGAACCGGAAGGUCUGUGUUCUUUGCAAUCUGAAGCCAGCAACCAUGCGGGGUAUUAAAUCACAAGCAAUGGUUCUUGCUGCUUCGAACAAUGACCACACCACAGUUGAAUUGGUUGAUCCGCCAAAAGCUGCUCAAGUUGGCGAGAGAGUUACAUUUCCGGGGUUUGUGGGUGAGCCUGAUGAGUUGUUGAACCCCAAGAAGAAGGUAUGGGAGACCUUGCAAGUAGAUCUGCACACUAACACUGACCUAGUGGCCUGCUAUAGAGAUAUUCCGCUGACAACAUCAGCUGGUGUUUGCACUGUAUCCUCUAUUCGUGGCGGGUCAAUUAGAUAGAAGAGAAGAUAAUUAAUUAUUUCUAGAGGUUGAAUAGGAAAAGAAAAGAACAAUAAAUUUUAGAUUUUUUGCUCAUGGCUCUCAUUGUUUAUCAUCAUUGUUUGUGGAUUAAGAGUACUUUUCUUCAUCCUUUUUUGGCUGUAAAAUGGUUAUUUGAAAAACCUGCCAAAGAAUUUUUGCUCAUGGAUAGAAACAACUUUUGCUCCUCUCGUCUCUUGGGUAAAAAAGGAAACGUCUUCAAAAAAAUAGGGA